AUGUCCGUGGACUCGGACCGAGCAGCGCUUGGUUUGGUUAGAUUCCCGCCGGGCCGCUCCCUCAGCCACGGCGGAAGGGAAGCAAGCCCCCAUGAAGCCCUUCUCGAUCAAACACUUUACAUUUCCGCACUCCUGCGGCGGCGCCAUGAUUUGGCCCAACACGCCGAGGUCGCCCCACGUCCACCACCCGUAACUUCGGAAGAGGGGGCUGCUUGCUACAAGGGCACCCACCCCUCGCCCAACAUCUUCCUCGGCCGCACUGCUCCCAGAGUCCCGGCGAGCCCGUACAUCUGGCCGAGCUGGCGGUGGUGGCGGUGGCAUCUGGGCCGGCGCGCAUCGGGGUCGCCACACGUCCACAAUUUUUGA